UUGAAAGAGAGAGGGAGGGAGGCUGAUACGGAGAGGGAGUCACUGAGAGAGGGAGAGAGAGGGGGAGAGAGAUCUAUCCCUUCCUCAUAGCCUGGUAGAUGUGAAGGACAGUUUGCCUCCAAAAACGUCUCUCAAUUUUUGCGGCCUCCCUCUUUUGAUAUUCACGACGGCGAUGGUGCCGGAGGGUCUCACAAACCCAGAUGUCUCGGACGGAGCUUCGGCGUCCCAUGCGGACAGCCUCUGCCACCACUUGGAAUGUCUCAAACUUUGCAGAGGGGAAGAGAACGAAAUCCUCAAAAGCCUUGAUGUGGUCCUGCAGGCGUUGGGUGAAGACAUGCAGACAUCCGCCAAAAAGCUGUCGGACUUUGACGUUCUAUCCGCCCUAGGCAACAUUCUGAAAUCAAGCCCCACCUGUGCAGAGAAGGCCGCGCAUGUCCUAGCAGAGCUGGCAAAGAAUGAAGAAACGAGAAAGCCUUGUAUCGAAGCAGGGCUGGUUAUAGCCCUGGUACCGCUUCUGCAAAGUUCCGAUCAAGAGAUUCUUCUCCACGCCGGCCGCGCCAUUGGCCGCAUCUGCUAUGAAAACAAUGAUCUACAAGAGCAGUUGGUUGAACUUGACGUCAUCACGCCUUUGGUCAGAAUUUUAACGGAUUUCCCAGACAAUGACACAUUGGUGCGUGUGGGUCUCUUGGCGUUGUCCAACUUGGCCGAUCUAGAGAGUGCGAAGGAAGCAUUAAGUAAAAGUGUGGUCGUUGAGCAGCUGGUAAAGCAGUUGAAGAGAGCAGAAAACCACGAAAGAGUUGAAAUCAUCAUCGAAGUUCUACAGAUGCUGGCUGAGAACGAUGUCUUAAAAAUCCAGCUUGUGGAGACCUCCGUGCAAGAGACAUUGUGUGACAUUCUGCGAAGACUCCAGGACAGCUCCCAGACAGAAGAUAUGUGCACAAUGAAGUCAUCAUCUGACCUCAUCGUAUCUCUACUCCUCGGCGAUGAGUCAAUGCAGAAGCUGUUUGACGACGGGCAUGGCAUAGUCUACCAGAAUGUCCCUUCGUGGCUGACCUCGCGGCACACGAUCCUUCAAAUGACAGGGGCCCUCGCCAUCGCGAACUUCGCUAGAAAUGACGGUAACUGUGUGUGUAUGGUGAAGCUUGGCGUGGUCCACCAGCUGUUGGACCUCUUGGAGAUGCACGUGGAGAACGGAGAUGUCGGAGUACAGCACGCGGCCCUUAGCGCACUCCGGAACCUCGCAAUACCAGUGCUGAACAAGGUGCAGAUGCUGGAGGAAGGGGUGGCCGACAGAAUUCAGAUGUUGCUUAGAUCAGAAAUGCCUCCCGUACAAUUUAAACUCCUCGGGACUCUCAGGAUGCUGACAGAUGGACAAGCUGAUACGGCCAGGAUACUGGGACAGGAUUCCAGGCUUUUGGCCAGAUUAGUCCAAUGGAGCGAAUCCAAAGACCACGUAGGGGUACGAGGAGAAGCCAACCGACUGCUGGCAUCUCUUCUGCGUCACAGCAAGUCACAGGACGUGGUGAAGGCAGUUCAGCAGGCCAACGGAUUGAAGCACCUGGUAUCCAUGACAACGAGCGAGCAUGCAAUCAUGCAAAACGAAGCCCUCAUCGCAUUGGCCAUCGCCUCUGCAAUUAACAUUGAUAUCGUGAAAGAAACUUUCCAGGAGACGGAGCUGGUGUCAGUUCUGCACAAAAUUUUAGAGGGUGACUCGAUGGGUCCAGAGGUGAAAUACAACUCCAUGGGCUUACUCUGCAGCAUAAUGGACUCAGAUGAGUUACGGAAAGAAAUGGAAGCAGUCAACUUAAAAGAGACCUUGGAGAAGCUUCGUGGACACAACAACAGCAACGUAGCCAAGCAGGCCACAACUGUCCUACAGAUACUCAUCACCGCCAACCAAAACAGUGGCCACUUCUUUGCCUAGUUCUCGACUUAUCCAUUAGCUAUAUGAAUUGCAUCUAGGUUGGCAUCUAGAACCCCAGCAUUGACUUUUCCCAUCAUCCAUGUGGGAUGUUCCCCAUCUUUGUGAAAGUAACAUAAGGAGAUUAUAGCGUUCAUACCUUGGCAUGCAUUACCUCCAAUGGAGAGUAGCAAAAUAAAUUUAGCCUUAAACCUAAAA